GCACGCUUUAUAAAUGCUCACAGCAUAAGGAGGCCGGAGUUGAUUGAUACGCUCGCAUCCACUUACUAACGAGAUAAGCUUUGAGUGUUGCAGUCGAGCCUUGCGCGACACGACCGCUGCUCGCCCACACCGAGGCGCUUCAAGUUUUUCUUCAAUGUCGCACAAACGCACCGUGAAAAUGGUAGUUUGCCUCAAACAAAACACGGCGGUCGCGUCGCGCGGAUGUCUCUGCUUGUAAACUAUGAGUGUGUUAUGUCACACGGUGUAACUCGUAGCCGCGAGUAGUGGGACGUGAGUGUCUGGUGUACCUAGCGAGCAGCAACCAGCUGGCAGCUGGCGAGCGGCGAUGGCGAUCUGUGACAAGUGGGUCGGCUUGAAGAUAGUCGAGUUUUUGAUGUGCGUCGCCUGCCUAGUCGUGAAGCGCGUGUCACAAGAUGACGAGGCCCGGCUGGCGCUGCUGCUGCAGAAGCUGUCGCGGGAGUGGUCACUCCUCACAUCGGUCACGUGGGACUCCGUCGGCGGAGCCUUCGCAGACGCUAUAUACGGAGGUUACGUCAUCAUAACGUUUGGGCUAAUAGUGGCUCGGGUCUUCCAAGAGAUACCGAAGGGACGGCGGAUACUAGAGGGAUACUUUCUCGGCUUCGGAAUGCUGUUCUUCCUGAUACUAGGUGGCCUGGAGCUUGCGUCCCUGGACUCAGUGCCGAAGUCGUUGAUAGUGAACGCGUCGGUCCUCGGCUCCUUGUCUCUAAUCGUCGCCGCCUUAUUCCUCAUAGACCUGAUGGGCCCCAGAAUAUAUUCAACCACGCAAAACACUCAAACAGAUACAGGUGUGUCUUCGCCAAAAGCUGACAAGAAGGUGUCUAUAAUCUCAUCGCCAAAUGUCAAUGGACAUAUGACCAAUACAAAUGGAGCGAAUGGUGUCGCCAACGGCAAACCCAAUGCAGCCAAUGGUAAAGCGAAUGGCCACGUGCCGCCUGAAAGACCAAAGGACCUAGACUUAGAGAAGAAUGAAAUAGAUAAGGACACAAAGAAAGAAGAAAUGACACUUUUCGAACAGUCUAAGACCAGUUACCCGAAUUUUGACGACACCCUUGAAAAAGACGAACUACAGAAAUCUAAAUUUGGAUCCAUACGAAACGGAAUGGAAGGCGGAAAUUAUGUCCGCUUAUCCGAUCCACUCUCAAUACCUGACCGGUUCCAUUAUGAACAAGAACUUGCGAAAUUCAAUGAAAAGUACCUCAGAGAUUAUCUUGACAACUUUGCCGGGAAACUUUCCGUGAGAGAGGACUACUUACCAGAACCUCAAACUCCUGUAUUCGCGAAAGUGAAGACAGGACGGUUGAAGGGUCUGUACGAUGAAAUGUCACCGAGUUAUGAACAGAAGCGGUCAAAAUCACCAACAAAGGCGAAGACAGUACCGUCACCGACUUUGCAACAACUCGAAGAUUAUUUACGAGGGUCGACAAGGUCGAGGAGGGCGGACACGCCAGCCUUGUUCCCCAUGGAGCCUAUCGAGGAGAAAGACACGACAGACGCGGAAGGCCGGGCCUCCGGCACACCCACCGACCCCGGCUACGUGCAGUACACGGCGGGCCGCUGGCCGGACAAGCGGGACCUCAGGACGCCCAGGCACAGCCCUACCAAAUAGUCGUGUUAAUAACAACGAAUCGUGAUAAAGUACAUGCCGUGGACAGCGGAACUAAUCCGUUGUCACAUCCUGUAUAUAUAGCCUCGAUGAACAAUGACUGACGAACUUAAACCACCUUCAGUGCGGGUGUAUAGUGUAAGACAUUUAUUAUAAUAAUUAAUUAUUUAAUUAGAUAAGAAUACUAAUAAACUUUUUGCAUUAUAUUCGUCUUUAUAAAGAACAACAUGUAUUUUAAUGAAUCCUUAAUUCAAUUAUUCACAAGCUGCGUUUUCUCACAUCCAAAUUGCUAAGUUGUUUGAAAACAAAAGAAUUAAUGACAUACCAAGGUAAAGCAGUAAUUCGUGGAGCCUAUUGACUUGUAGGAAGUUCGUUGCUCCAACAUAAGUGGGAGAUUAGAGUUAAUUUUAAAAUAAUGAUGUGACACAUACAUAAAACACAUACUUAGACUAGACUGCAUACAUUAACAAUACGCGGUAAUGACCACUUCUCCUAAUUACCACAGGAAUGGAAACAAUUGAAUCAUAAUAAAAAUAUAAUAAAACACAAUUUAUAAUUGUCAACGUAAUUUUCCAAAUAGGUUCGGGUUUUUUAAGACGCUGGUAUUAAAAAAAAAACUGUCUUUAAUUUUUGGUUGUAAUUACUGUAGCUUCUAAGAAUUUAAUUUCUGCUGCCAUCGAUCAUACGCACACACAUGGUAAUAUUUCCGUUUUUUUGGCAGCUAAUUGCUCUGAAUGUUGUUCUUACCUGUUAAAAGUGUUGUAAGUACAUCGCCGACGUUAUCAGACCCCAUUUAGGUCGAGAUAUGCAUUCGUCGGCAGCUGUUGGCGAUUGUACACAUUAUUUAGUAAACAUGUACGCGCUUGUGCUGUUUGUAUGCUGAUGCAGAUAUCUACAUGCAUAUUUAUGUAUACGCAACAACCUUUAUACAUUUUCAUGCUCUCGUCACAAAAAAAAUAGUGCUAUAAAACUUUUCGGCGACAUUUUUAACGGAACCAGCUCGAGUAUUACAUAAAAAUACUGUUAAGUGGCGUUUGAUCUUUAAACCUACAUUGGUUUAAGACAGUAUAAAU